AUGACAGCAACUGACAGCCAAGCACAGCUCACCAUCCUUAUCAUAGGUGCUGGUCUUGGAGGUCUGGCCGCGGCUUACUAUUUCGCUCACGAAGGCCACCAUGUCAAGUCCGGACAGCAGGUUGCGCGACAUGUGAAUGAGGACUUUUCGGGAUUCCCUGACUGGGGGAUUGAUCGAAAAACGACGCAAGAGAUCUUGUACAAGUCUGCCACCGCGCGUGGUGCAGAGAUACGCUUCGGGAGGGAAGCUGUGGGCGUCGAUGAGGAUCAAAGACAUGCGUCAGUCUUGUUUUCCGAUGGGAGCAGUUCUACCGGCGACAUGGUGCUGGUGGCCGACGGGAUCGGAUCGACCUUCAGGUCCAGGAUUCUUGGAGACGGUGGGAAAGCUCGACCAAUAGUCACCAAUGCCACUAAUUUCACCCUUGAGCUCGAAUAUCAGGAUAUCGUCGAAAGCGGACUCCACCAAGAACUAGCAAGUUUCUCGGACGGUGUUGUCUGGAUAGGCCAGGACCGCUACGCCAUAGGGAGAUACGUAUCCAAGUUAGGCAAGGUAUUCCUCGUGUUCGACAUAAGAAACGGGCCCGCGCCAGCUGAAGACCACAAGCUCUGGCAAGAGGUGUGUAUUCACAUGAGACCGGGCGAGAGUCUUGUUGAUUUGAUCUGUCUAGACUGGGGACCUCGACUACGUCCAGAAGUCCUUCGAAGGCUGUUGUGA